AUGACAGAGUAUUUAAUAUCAUAUUUCAGGAGCUUGGACAACGAAGAAGUUUUUAAACGAAUGAAAAUUUAUGAAGAUAUCAACGCUGUUUUAUUACUGUACGUGACGAGGCUCGUGAAAAAAACUACAUCCCCAUUGUGGCAACAUUUAUCGGCCUCAACGGAACUGCUCAAAUCUAGAGAAGACUUCUCCGUAUGUCUGGUGCUAGCAGCAAUUUCAUCAAAUAUCAACAAAGUGGACCCAAGUACAACAUCAAACAUCCAAAUGCAUUUAGAAUUUGGUAGAAGCAGUUUAAACUCAACUGCUCAGUAUUUAGAGGCAGCAAAAAUUAUGAGCCAAACCAAAAUAUUGGAAGAAGUUUCACUCUUUUUUAAAAAUUUACAAGCAGUUUACUUCCAAGAAUUCGUGAAUCAAUCAAACAUUGAGCUGAAUGCAAACUGGAGUCGACAUCUUAUCGAGUGGCCGACGUACCUGGAUCAGAUAAAAAAUAUUCAGAACAAUGUAUGGAGAUUUGUAGGAGAGCGUGCUCACCAGGUCGUGUGGCUGGCACGCCGCACUCUAUGCAUCGGCGUUGCAAUAUUGGUCCUCGUGUUCCUAGCAGCUCCGAUCAUGUUGCUUUUACUACGGCAUAUAGCUUACACAAUACAGGUAACUUUACAAUGA